AUGCUCAAUGUUAUGACCGGACGACGUCCUCUCCCACCCAUCUUCCUCUUUAUCUGUAUAUUUCUAUGUGAAUUAUCCCUUGUGUCCUCGACUGCAGUUAAUCGCUCUAUCGACGAUACACUAGGUGAUUCCGUGACUGGAGUUAGGCCAACGUACCUUCCUGAUACUACUGGUGUUUGGGAAGACAAUACGUGCUCGGGUUGUGCCCUCGUACCUGACAUAUCGAGUGCUUUCGAUGGCACCUACACUGCCGCGACCUAUAACCCCGAGUUGAAAAACAUCUCCAUCUCGUUCGAUUUCAUUGGCACUGCUAUAUAUAUAUUCUUCAUCCUCUCAAAUGACCCCAAUCCAGGAAUUAGUACUUCCACUCUUGCCAAUUUCACACUGGAUGGAACUUUAGUCAGCACGUUCAGCCAUUCGCCCAAUUCUAGCUCGUCUGCUCCCAGUUUCUACUUCAACGAAAGUGCUUUGGCGUUUUCCGAAACUGGAAUGAAAAACAGCAGUCAUCAGAUGGUCAUCAGUACCUCCGGUCUCAGCAGUAAUUAUUGGCUCAAUUUUGACUAUGCGCUGUAUACGUUCCAGAGACCGGAUACCACAACGUCGUCGGUGUCGUCGUCUUCAUCGUCGUCAUCCUCUUCCGCAUCAAGUACUACAGACUAUUCAUCCUCGCAGUCAGAUUCCAAAACCGUAUCUGCUGGUGCCAUCGCAGGGGGAGUCAUUGGAGGAGUUGCUGCUCUAGCCAUUGUCGCAGUCGUGUGGUUCUUCUGUCAGCGGCGAACAAAGAGCGAAGAUAACGAUUAUCAUAACGAUGAUCCCAACACAGUUCUCCAACGAGAGAUUGAUCCAUUCAUCUUACCCCUCGCAGUAGAUUCUACUCACCCAAAUGACUCCUCUAGACCUUCAUCCACAUUCCGCACAUCCACUGCGCUGCUGCAGAGAACGACCACUGGAAUAUCUGAAGGCGUACCACGCACUUCUUCCACAAUUCCCCCGCCUUUACCUCUCGACUCCAAAUCUGCUAUUCGCCGCCAACGACAACAGGACCUCGAACGGCAGAUGCAGCAGAUCACUGACGAAAUCAAAGAUUUGCAAAUCGAAGCUGCGGAGCGGAAUGAUGGUCGUGAUCCAACAAUGUCGAGUUCAAUUUCCGCUCCGGGUCGAUCUUUGUCGAGCGUGGCGAGGAGUAGGUCUAUGAGGUCUCCGAGGUCGGCGGAUGGGAAGGAAGAUGUUUCGCAGUUAAAAGCGCAGAUACAAGCCAUGUCUGAGCAUAUCGCGUAUUUGCAGGACCAGCAGAAUUCUGCGUGGGCACAGGGUCUUAGUGAUGAACCCCCUCCUGGAUAUUCUCCUGGUCCGGUGGAUGGACAUGCUGUGAUUAGCUAG